AUGUUGAGGGUUGCUGCUAGAUCUGCAAUAUGCAAUGGUGCGAGACGGCUGGCGAUGAGGCCGCAGGUGACUGCGUCCCUGCUGAGGCUGGCGACCGGGGGAGCGAGGACAGCUCUUCCACAGGUGAUGUACCGUUAUCCAGCGAGUACGAGGUGCUACGUUCAGUUACGAACGGAUCCGAAUCAGAAGAGUUUUUUGAAGCAGUAUGCGACGGAUUUGACCAGUUUGGCAAAGGAGGGCAAACUGGACCCAAUCAUCGGUAGGGAUGAGGAGAUCUCGAGGGCAAUCCAGAUCCUGUCCCGGAGGACCAAAAACAAUCCUAUCGUCAUUGGGCGUGCUGGGGUGGGGAAAAGUUCUCUUGUGGAGGGGCUCGCGCAGCGGAUCGUCCGCGGGGAGGUCCCUGAGUCCCUGAAGGGGAAAUCGCUGUACAACUUGGAAUUGAGUUCACUGAUCGCUGGUGCGAAGUACAGGGGUGAGUUCGAGGAGAGGCUCAAGGGUGUGCUCGACGACGUCGACGAGAAUGUCAUCAUGUUUAUAGAUGAGGUGCAUAUGCUUUUGGGGCUCGGGUCCGACGGGAAGGGUGCCAUGGACGCGUCGAAUAUUUUGAAGCCCAGGCUCGCAAAGGGAUUGCGUUGUAUCUCUGCGACUACACUCGACGAGUUUAAGAUCAUUGAGAAGGAUCCAGCACUUGCUAGAAGGUUUCAACCGAUUAUCUUGAAUGAACCAUCCGUCGCGGACAGUAUUUCGAUCUUGAGAGGGUUGAAGGAGAGGUACGAGGUACACCACGGGGUGAGGAUCACUGACGCUGCACUGGUGUCUGCCGCGGUGUUGUCGAACAGGUACAUCAACGACAGAUUCCUCCCAGACAAAGCGAUCGACCUUGUUGAUGAAGCGUGUGCAGUUUUGAGGUUGCAACACGAGUCGAAACCGGAUGAGAUCCAGAAACUGGACAGGCAGAUAAUGACUAUUCAGAUCGAGUUGGAGUCCCUAAAGAAGGAGACGGAUCCAAUCUCCUUGGAGAGGAAGGAGAAGCUUCAAAAAGAUUUGAACUUGAAGAACGAUGAGUUGCAAAGACUGACCACCAUUUGGGAUAAAGAAAAAUUGGAGAUCGAGUCUAUCAAGACAUCGAAGGCGGAUCUGGAGAAAGCCAGGAUUGAACUCGAACAAGCACAGAGAAGCGGCGAUUACACGAAGGCCUCCAGAUUGAGGUACGCCACAAUCCCGGAAUUGGAGAAGAAGAUCGAACUAAAUAAGAAGAAGGAGAGCGGUAGUGAACCGCAGGAAAACUUGCUCCACGAUUCGGUGACCUCCGAUGAUAUAUCGAAAGUCGUUGCGAGAAUGACGGGGAUCCCCAUGGAGACAGUCAUGAAGGGUGACAACGAGAGACUGCUGUACAUGGAGGAUUCAUUGAGAAAACGGGUCGUUGGCCAAGAUGAAGCUAUCCAUGCGAUCUCAGACGCCGUGAGACUACAAAGAGCUGGGUUGACGAGCGAGAAAAGACCCAUUGCAAGUUUUAUGUUUUUGGGUCCCACGGGUACAGGUAAAACGGAGCUAACAAAGGCACUAGCGCAGUUUCUAUUCGACGAUGAAUCCAACGUUAUCAGGUUUGACAUGUCGGAGUUUCAAGAAAAGCAUACCGUGUCCAAACUGAUUGGUGCGCCUCCAGGUUACGUAUUGAGUGAAUCGGGGGGGCAAUUGACUGAAGCUGUCAGACGUAAACCGUACGCCGUGGUGUUGUUUGAUGAGUUCGAGAAGGCGCACCCAGACGUCUCGAAAUUGUUACUGCAAGUUCUAGAUGAGGGUAAACUGACGGAUUCGUUGGGCCACCGCGUUGAUUUCCGGAAUACAAUUAUUGUUAUGACAUCGAAUAUUGGCCAGGAUAUCCUACUAUCGGACGACACGGUUGGUGAGGGCAAGAAUGGCUCUGAUACGGGGAAAAUUAACUCCAAAGUAAAGGAGAAAGUCAUAAACAAGAUGAAGAAGGAAUACCCUCCUGAAUUCAUCAACCGUAUUGACGAUAUCAUCGUGUUCAACAGGCUCUCCAAAAAAGUGUUGAGGUCCAUUGUAGAUAUCAGAGUGGGCGAAGUGCAAGAAAGACUGAAUGAAAAAAGGAUGAAGCUGGACUUGUCCUUGGAGGCAAAGGAUUGGCUAACAGACCAUGGGUACGAUCAUUUCUACGGUGCAAGACCAUUGAAUAGACUUAUCCACAAGCAGAUAUUGAACACCAUGGCGACUUACAUGCUGAAGGGUCAAAUCAGGCCAGGAGAAACCAUCAAGGUACAUGUAAAUAAAGACAAAGAGCUGGUCGUGGAACCAAACCACGAAGAAGGGACUCCAAUAGAGACCGAGGAGGAGACUUGA